GCAACGUUACUCUCUUUUCCUCACCCUCAUCCAGCCUGUCUCCAUUUACUGCUGACCAGCCCCUCAAACUGAGUAGACCUGAAAUACCUGCAGAUAUGUACAUGGGUAGACAUGUAUGGGAUUGUGGGUAUAGAUGAGUAGAUAGACGGGGGGAUGGAUAAGUGGUUGGAUGGACAGAUGGAUGAAUAAGUGGACAGUUGCAUGGACUGAUGAUGGAUAGGUUGGCAAAUAAAUGGAUGGAUGGAUAGGUGGUUGGAUGAAUAAAUGGAUAGAUAGAUUGGUGGGUGGAUAAAUAGAGGAUGGAUAGUAGAGAUGUAAAUGGACAGAUGGAUAAUAGGUCUAUGGACAAAUGGAUGGGUGGAGGAAUUAGGUAGCUAGGUGGAUGGAUGGGUUUAUGGACAGGUCGGGAGUAAAUGGACCAAUGGUUAGGGGAAUGGAUGGAUGGGUAGAUGAGCUCAUGAAUGGGAAGGGUAAAGAGUGGGAGAAGAAAUGAUGAGUGGAGCUAUGUAUGGACAGCAAAGGGCAGAGGAUGUCACCCUGCGUGUAUUCCAGGUGGGAAGAGAUGGGUGGAGGAUGGAUGCAUACAGAUAGAUUGGCAAAUAGGCAGAUGGGGUGAACUUACACAUGGAUGAAUGAGUGGGUGGGUAGAUUAACAACUAAGUGGACAGAUGGGUGGGUGGAGGGAUGGAUAGAGUAAUUGGUUGUGUGGGUGGGAGAAUGGAUGGAUGGGUAGGUGGAGGAAUGGAUGUAGAAAUGGACAAAUCAGGAGUGUGCCAAGUGGGCAAAUGGAAGAUUACAUGGGUGGGUAAUCGGAUGAAAGGCUAGGCCUGGCCCUGCGUUACAGUGCCCCUGUCAUCACACUCCUUUAAUUAAGAUUAAGCAUCCCUGGUGUGUGCUGUGUCCAGUGCUAUCACCUUUCACAUCAUGUAAUGCUCCAAAUGAUGCUAUCAACUUGGGAUAAGUCUCUCCAUCUGACAAAUGAGGAAACAAUGCAAGUCACUUGCUCAAGGAUGCAGCAAGUCAGUGGCAAAGGUGGGGUCUGAACCCACCCAUAGCCAGCCAGAGGCAUUCCAUAAUCAGUGCUCCUGCCAUCCAGAAGCAGAGCCCUCUAGCGGAGGAGGUGUGAUUUGAGGCCACUGGAUGUGGACAGAUAAGAGAGACUGCCCCCUCAGAGUGGGGCCUGCCUGAGAGACGACUUGGUAGAGGGGUGGGACCUGGAUUGUCCCCCUCUACACUCCCUUUAUCCUCAUUUCAUAUCUAAAAACAGGAAGUCGUGUGCUCCAGUCCCACAGCCGAAGUCUUAGAGCUGGGGCUCUAACCCAUGCUGCAUCCCUCAAGGGGGCAGCUUCAGAAGCUUGGCCAUCUAGAGAAACACUCCCCAGCAAUUACCCCCGACUCCUGGCUCUCCUGCCCUUCCACAGUCUGGGGGGCAGGGAGGGGACAGCGCUGCAUCAUUCCCUGUGGCACUCCGCUCUGGGGCCAUUAACAGACGCCUCCCCAUCGAUCGGAUCUGCUAAGUGCUGCUGAUUCAGAUGACGCGACUGAGGCCCAACCAGCUUUGUAGGAGGCGGAGUCUCCCCAGGGUCCCUCUCUGGCUGUCCUAGGGGAGGGGGCUCGGGGAGCCACGAGGCCCCUCCCUGCCUCCCUCCAUCUCCCGGCAAGCUCGGAGGGGCGGGGAGAGAGAGCCAGAGGAGGAGGAGAACUCAGGCAGCUCUGCAGAGGGGGCCAGGAGCUCGGGUGUUUGGUACCCCCAGCCCCACCGCUGUUGCUGCUGCUGCAACGGGGACACAGGUGAGGACGGCCCGAGAGGGAGGGGGAGGGGGACCACCACUAGCGCUGUCCUCAUCCUUCCCUGGUCCAGCCCCCAUGCCCUAGCCCAUCCUGGGAUAGUCCCCAGGGGUCCCACUGGACCUUGCCCUUCCCAGGCCUCCUUCCGGGGACCCUGCGCCCUCUCCCUGCCUAUGCCACCUCUCCUACGCCUGGCUGUGGUUGCUUCUCUUCCUCCUGCUGCCGCUGCUGCUACUGCCACUGCCCAGCACACACCGCCAGCCCCUUGGGGUGUGGUUUCCCCAGACCUGCCCCCAACGGUGGGACCCAGCCUUCUCCCGGCCUCCCCUGCCAGCUUCCUGCAAAGCCCAGGAGCCCCCCUCCCUGGAGACACACCCAACUCCCUUUCAACACCCCACCUUCCUCUUAACCCCAUUUUGGGGGUAACCCCCUUCCUCUUAUUUAGUCUUCAUAGAUCCCCUGGGUGCUCUGGGACUGUGCCCAACUUCCUAACAUUUGAGUCCCAGCUCCUUGGAAUUCCCCAGGCCCCUUUUUCCUCCCCGUAGAACUCCUGAGACUGUCGACUCAGGCUUUCUUGGCCCCUCUAGAUACCCACCUCCCCCAGAUAACUCUCAGCCUCUCAAAAAAUAACCCAGCCCCCUAUCCACCCCUUUGGAUAACCUCUUCCCCUCUCCAGCCCUUUCUUCCCCAGAACUCCUCUAGAGUACAGACAUCCCCCCAGGCUAUUCUUGGCAACUCUAGGCAGUCCCAAGACACCUUUCAGCCUCUUUACAACCUCCUGGAUCCACAGCCACCCCUCCAGAUGCACCAGCUGCCUUUCCAGAUCCAUGAGGGGGGUCUAACCCUCUUAUGCUUCCCCUAGAAGCUUGAGGGUGUGGACAACCCUCCUCACCUGUCUCAGCCCCUCUAGAACCCCCACUUCCAGACACUCUCAGUCUCUUUCAAGCACCUCUGGUCCCAUUUCUACCCCUCCGGAUGCCCCAGUCUCCUCUCCACCUCCACAAAGGAGUUCCAGGCUCUUCUGCCUUCCCUGAGACUCUUGAGAGUGUAGAGAACUCCUCACGUGUUUCUUGGCCCCUCUAGACGCCCCCAGACACCUCUCAGGCACAGGCUAACUCCUUUAGAAUCAUCUCAGUCUCUAUAAACCCUCCCUCAGCUCCUUCUUGGCCCCAUCCCCACACCUCUUUUCGGUUCUCUAUGUCCCCAAGUCCCUUCCUAGUCCCUCAGGACAUUGCCCAGGCCCCUCCUAGGCUCUGUAAAUGUCCCCCAAACUCCUUCCCAUCUCUCUAGUUCUUCCUCCUGGUUCCUCUUGGCCUCUCUAGACACCCCCAGUUUCCUUGUUCAGGUGGCUAAAGGCGUCUCCAAGCCCCCACCAUCCUGGAGACAGCCACAUUCUCCUACACGCCACCCUCACUAAGUCUCCCUGGGCUUGGGGAGCGGCACGAUGGCGGCAGGCCUGGCCACGUGGCUGCCUUUUGCCCGGGCGGCAGCGGUGGGCUGGCUGCCCCUGGCCCAGCAGCCCCUGCCCCCAGCACCGGGGGUGAAGACAUCUCGAGGAGAUGAGGUUCUGGUGGUGAACGUGAGCGGACGGCGCUUUGAGACCUGGAAGAAUACGCUGGACCGCUACCCAGAUACCUUGUUGGGCAGCUCAGAGAAGGAAUUCUUCUACGAUGCUGACUCAGGCGAGUACUUCUUCGAUCGCGACCCUGACAUGUUCCGUCAUGUGCUGAACUUCUACCGAACGGGGCGUCUGCACUGCCCACGGCAGGAGUGCAUCCAGGCCUUCGACGAAGAGCUGGCCUUCUACGGCCUGGUCCCCGAGCUAGUUGGUGACUGCUGCCUUGAAGAGUAUCGGGACCGAAAGAAGGAGAAUGCCGAGCGCCUGGCAGAGGAUGAGGAGGCCGAGCAGGCCGGGGACGGCCCAGCCCUGCCUGCGGGCAGCUCCCUGCGGCAGCGGCUCUGGCGGGCCUUCGAGAAUCCACAUACGAGCACUGCAGCCCUCGUUUUCUACUACGUGACCGGCUUCUUCAUCGCCGUGUCGGUCAUCGCCAAUGUGGUGGAGACCAUCCCAUGCCGCGGCGCUGCACGCAGGUCCUCGAGGGAGCAGCCCUGUGGCGAACGCUUCCCACAGGCCUUUUUCUGCAUGGACACAGCCUGUGUACUCAUAUUCACAGGUGAAUACCUCCUGCGGCUGUUUGCUGCCCCCAGCCGUUGCCGCUUCCUGCGGAGUGUCAUGAGCCUCAUUGACGUGGUGGCCAUCCUGCCCUACUACAUUGGACUUUUGGUGCCCAAGAACGACGAUGUCUCAGGCGCCUUUGUCACCCUGCGUGUGUUCCGGGUGUUUCGCAUCUUCAAGUUCUCCAGGCACUCACAGGGCUUGAGGAUUCUGGGCUACACACUCAAGAGCUGUGCCUCUGAGCUGGGCUUUCUCCUCUUUUCUCUAACCAUGGCCAUCAUCAUCUUUGCCACUGUCAUGUUUUAUGCUGAGAAGGGCACAAACAAGACCAACUUUACAAGCAUCCCUGCGGCCUUCUGGUAUACCAUUGUCACCAUGACCACGCUUGGCUACGGAGACAUGGUGCCCAGCACCAUUGCUGGCAAGAUUUUCGGGUCCAUCUGCUCACUCAGUGGCGUCUUGGUCAUUGCCCUGCCUGUGCCAGUCAUUGUGUCCAACUUUAGCCGCAUCUACCACCAGAACCAGCGGGCUGACAAGCGCCGAGCACAGCAGAAGGUGCGCUUGGCAAGGAUCCGAUUGGCAAAGAGUGGUACCACCAAUGCCUUCCUGCAGUACAAGCAGAAUGGGGGCCUUGAGGACAGCGGCAGUGGCGAGGAACAGGCUCUUUGUGUCAGGAACCGUUCUGCCUUUGAACAGCAACAUCACCACUUGCUGCACUGUCUAGAGAAGACAACGUGUCAUGAGUUCACAGACGAGCUCACCUUCAGCGAAGCCCUGGGAGCCGUCUCGCCGGGUGGCCGCACCAGCCGCAGCACCUCUGUGUCUUCCCAGCCAAUGGGACACGGAAGCCUGCUGUCUUCUUGUUGCCCUCGCAGGGCCAAGCGCCGUGCCAUCCGCCUUGCCAACUCCACUGCCUCAGUCAGCCGUGGCAGCAUGCAGGAGCUGGACAUGCUGGCAGGGCUGCGCAGGAGCCCUGCCCCCCAGAGCCGCUCCAGCCUCAAUGCCAAGCCCCAUGACAGCCUUGACCUGAACUGCGACAGCCGGGACUUCGUGGCUGCCAUUAUCAGUAUCCCUACCCCUCCUGCCAACACCCCAGAUGAGAGCCAACCUUCCUCCCCUGGUGGCGGCAGCAGGGCGGGCAGCACCCUCAGGAACUCCAGCCUGGGUACCCCUUGCCUCUUCCCUGAGACCGUCAAGAUCUCUUCCCUGUGAGGGGUAGACCUGCCCAUUCAGAAGGUCCUCUUCAUUUUUGGGAAAUCCUUUCCAAAGCCAUAUUUUUGGGAGGCAGAGAGAGGCAGGCUUGGACACCCCUUCUGCCCCCCUACUGAGAACUAUGCAAUGGAGUUUCAUGAAAUGGUCCACAUAGUGGGGAAGUAGCCAGGAAAUGGGAAACUUCCCCCCACCCCAGACAUUUUUCCUGGUGGGAGCUGAAGCACUGGGCUUCCACAGGCCCCUGGCCUCCUUGCCCCAGCACACUGGGACUGGCCCCACUCUCCCAGCUGGACUCCUGCAUGCUCCUCCCCUUGGGCUCUCAGUUGAAGGUAAAGCUUUGAUCUGAUAUCUGAGGUCUGGCCUAAGAAGGAGAGUUGAGAUUUCCACCUCCCUCUGGCUGGGAUAUGGAGCUUUGGAGGUUCAGAGAAGAGAACCCUCACCUCUGAUCUGGCCUCUACACGAGGUCCUCACCCUCCAUCUGGCCCAACAAUUCCCAGAUUCUGAAGCUUGGAAUGCAAACACAGGCUUCAUGGGCUGUGGCCUCUGCAGUGACCUGCCAUCCCCAGGCCUUGCCUGAGGGGUCAGGCUGCCCCUCCCAACACACACUCAGAUAGCACAAAUUCUACCAUCCCCUUCCCUGGCUGCUGGAAAUGGGACCCCGCAACCCUGUCCUCUGCCGGGCCCCCAGCAAACUCUAGCAAUAGCAGCUGCUGCCGUGUCAUUAUGCAAAGCCUCUGACCAGUUUGCUGCAGCAUUUACAUCUGCCCUAAUCAGAGGGGCCACCUCUAACUCCUCCUCCUCCUCUCUUCUCCUCUGGUUUGCCUCCUUCCUGGGUUGGGCUGGAGUCUGGACUGGCCGAGAUAAGAGCCUGGCAACCAGCAAGAGCUAGGCUGUAUUUGGAGAUCAUGGGUUGAUUCCAUGUUCUUGGGCAAGAGUCCAGAAGCAUCAGGGGCUCAGGCCUGGGAUGUUUUUGAACUUUGGGAGUUAUAGGAGACAGGAGGAACUUCUCCUCCUCCUCCCCUACAAUUCCUUUUCCCAUAUUCCUUUCUUCUCCCUCUUGGGUCACCUUCCAGAACUCUGCUCUCAGGCUGAAAUCUGGCAUCAUCUCAGGUUCCCUGUCCCCAGCACUGUCCCCAUGGAGCUGGCGGCUGACAAAGAUGUAGUUUCCAUCAGUCAAUAAAACCUGAGAGGAGAGAUGAGGACUGAGUAUCUCCUGGCUCUGUGGAUUUGGGGGGUGGGUUGGGCUUGGGGGUUGAAAACACUCUGAUUUCAAUCCCUUUUGGCUAGGAGAAGGGCAGGUAUGGGUCAAGGUAUGGGAGAUGGAUGGUUGGUGAUGUAUUCUGGAAGACGGGGAUCCAGGAGAAAUGAAAGAACGUGGUUUGAGGAGUCCAUCUACAGCCAGUGAGGCAGGCCAGGGGGUCCUGAGACAUUCCUCCUUGGAUAUCAUCUGCGCCAGCUUCCUGAUUCACAGAUGGGGAAACUGAGACCCAGAGAAACACAUAGAGGAGACUUAAACCCAGGCUUCCUGACAGCAAACAACUCUGAAUUUAACCCUAAUAAAAGCAUCACUUGGUUUGGUGAA